AUUCCUCAUUUCCAUACACCAAAACCACUCCAAAAAUUUUGAUAUAGCCAAAGAUCAAUCGCCUCGAUCAUAAGGAAGAAUGUUUAGUGAUUGAAAGUGAGAAAAACUUGAGAGUUAGCCACUUUCCAUACCACAAACUCCAUAAACUCCAUAAUUUUGAAUUGAGGAUUUGAGAACACACUUCCUACACUUGAGGGUGAUCAAGAGGAAGUUUGGAAAUCAAGAAGUUCAAUCUUUCUUUGGAAGCAAGGUAGUCGAGCACUAUAGCUUCCGAAAGGUCUAAUAUCCCCCAAGUUCUGUGGACCCGCGUUGGUAGACUUUGCAAAAGUACAGAUUUGGUUCAGGGUCAGCCAGUGUUAGUUUCUUUGCCACCGGUUACACGAAGAAAAGCAAAAGCUUCAUCAACUGUCCAGAAUACCCCUUCUUCACCUGCUAGAUCAUCACCACUUAACUCACCAGAAUCAGUGAUGGCUCAAAUUCCAGAAAAUAUAGCAGACAUACUGCUGGGCCUUCAACGGAGCAUGGAUAUUGUUACCACUACGGUUUCUGCCCAGGGCACUACUCUUGCUGCUCAAGGCAAUACUCUUGCUGAACUGCAACGCUCAUCUAGGGCAUCCAUUACUCAACCACCUCCGGUGACCCAGCCAGUUCCACCUCCACCUCCACCGGUUGACGAGUUUCCCGAACCUAAUUCACCAGAAGAUCUGAGGGUUCCUGCACAAACUUCAGGAGGAUCAUUUCCUCUUCCACAACCAGUGGGAGGGCUCCAUCCCUCUGAAGCACCUGAGUCUGACUCAACUAUGUUGAAGCUGGCCAAGUUGGAAAAACUUUUCAAAAAGGCACAAGGAGUCAAUUCAAUCCCGGACAUCGAAGACGGGUACACUGAGACAGCUGUGAAGUUGCCAGAACGGUUUAAAAUGCCACACAUUGAUAGGUUUGAUGGCUCCGGUGACCCAAUGGUGCACAUUUGCCUAUUCUCUGAUGUCUUAAAGCCUAUGGGUUUGACUCGUCCGCAAAAGCUUUCUUUAUUCGGACGAACUUUGUUAGGAGUGGCUGCCAUCUGGUACGCCAAGUUAGAGGACUCGGUAAAACAAAGUUGGGAAGAGUUAGCCGGGGCCUUUAUCACCCAGUAUGCUUAUAACACCCAGAUUGAAGUGACUACUCGGGAAUUAGAAGCCACCCGUCAAGAGCCCAAUGAAAGUUUCAUGACCUUUAUCACCAGAUGGAGGGCAAAAGCAGCAAUGAUGACCAACAGACCACUUGAAAAGGACCAAAUUCGUAUGAUAGUCAGAAAUCUACAUGGAAAGAUGUUACAAAAAAUGAUAGUCCCCCCGCUCUUCACUUUUAAUGACUUAAAAGAGAUAGGGGUUCAGAUAGAGGAUGCCAUCAAACAGGGAAUU